CUCCGGCGCGAUGGGGCUAGGAGCCAGUGCGGCUGGGUAGCGGCGGCGUGUGGGCGUGCGGGCCGGGCGGUCUGGCUCGAGGGCUCCGGUUUCGGGGCCUUUGGGAGCCGCCGGAGGGUGCGGAGAGAGCUUAGCGUCCCCGUCCGCCGCCACUCCCUGGCAUGUCGGCCGAGGCCUCGGGCCCGGCGGUAGCCGAGGCCCCGUCCCUGGAAGUCCCUAAGCCCUCGGGUCUCGAGACUGGCUCCGCCGCUUACGGUCUGAAACCCCUGACCCCGAACAGCAAGUACGUGAAGCUGAACGUGGGCGGCUCGCUGCACUACACCACGCUUCGCACCCUCACGGGACAGGACACCAUGCUCAAGGCCAUGUUCAGCGGCCGCGCGGAGGUGCUCACGGACGCGGGAGGUUGGGUGCUGAUUGACCGGAGCGGCCGCCACUUUGGUACAAUCCUCAACUACCUGCGGGAUGGGUCCGUGCCACUACCUGAGAGUACCAGAGAACUGGGGGAGCUACUAGGUGAAGCACGCUACUACCUGGUACAGGGCCUGAUUGAGGACUGCCAGCUAGCAUUGCAGCAAAAAAGGGAGAACUUGUCCCCGCUGUGCCUCAUCCCCACGGUGACAUCUCCCCGGGAGGAGCAGCAGCUCCUGGCCAGCACCUCCAAGCCCGUGGUGAAGCUCCUGCACAACCGCAGUAACAACAAGUACUCCUACACCAGCACUUCAGAUGACAACCUCCUUAAGAACAUUGAGCUGUUCGACAAACUGGCCCUGCGCUUCCACGGGCGGCUGCUUUUCCUCAAGGAUGUCCUGGGGGACGAGAUCUGCUGCUGGUCCUUCUAUGGGCAGGGCCGCAAAAUCGCCGAGGUGUGCUGCACCUCCAUUGUCUAUGCCACAGAGAAGAAGCAGACCAAGGUGGAAUUCCCGGAGGCCCGGAUCUUUGAGGAAACCUUGAACAUCCUGAUCUACGAGACUCCCCGGGGCCCAGACCCAGCCCUCCUGGAGGCCACGGGGGGUGCAGCUGGAGGUGGUGGGGCAGGCCGAGGGGAGGAUGAGGACAACCGGGAGCACCGUGUCCGCCGGAUCCAUGUCCGGCGCCACAUCACCCACGACGAGCGUCCCCAUGGCCAACAGAUUAUCUUCAAGGACUGACCUUUGACCUUGCUCUCUGUUUUCCUCCUGCCACUGGAGUGCAGUUCCUCUUUCUUUCCCUCCCCUUCCCAGGCCUUUGCCCCGGCUCUGCUGGCCAAGUCGUGGGUCCUCCUUCUGUCCCUCUGUUGCAUGGUACAGUUCACUGCGGCCCUUUUCCAUUCAUUCCCACCUCCUGGCUCACAGCACGGUACAUUCCAGACCCUCCAUCAGUCAGAACCUUUCAGAAGGCCUGCAUUUGUUCCCUUAUCCCAUCCUUGUCCUGCUAUUUUCCCUCACCAGCUGGUUUAGAAUGAUUUAGAAUUCCCUUUUUCUCUUUCUCUGUCUCUCUCUCUUUUUUAGCACACUGUACACGCCAAAGUGUCCAGCCAGCCCUUACUGACACCCACCAUGUUCUGAGCCACCUUCCCACCAUCGUGCAGGGUAGCUUCUCUCUCCCUCCUCCUUCCCCAACCGGUCCCCCCACCCCUUUAACUUUGUACUAGGCUGGCCUGGGCUUGCACC